AUGGAGCCCCUGAGUCCCCGGCCUGUGCUGCUGAGCCAUUUGACCUCAGAGUCUGUGAAGAACACCUGCCUCCUGCAGCAUGAGGAGAGCACCUCCCGGUAUCCAGUGCUGUGGGAAUCUUGCUCGGUUCCGGGGAUCGCGAGGCCCCCCUUCAUGGUGCUCUGGCCUCUCAUGGAAUCAGUGACCUUCAAGGAUAUAGCUGUAGACUUCACCCAGGAAGAGUGGGCCCUGCUGGAUGCCUCCCAGAAAGCCCUGUUCAGAGACGUGAUGCUGGAGAGCAUCACCCACCUGGUCUCCAUAGGGUAUCAGAUCAGCAAAUCAGAUGUGAUCUCCCAGCUGGAACCAGGAAAAGACCUGUGGAGUGAAGCAAUAGGACGCCUCCGAGGCCAGAGUCCAGGAGAUCCCAUUGGAUGCACUGAUCUGAAUGAUGAAUUCACUCCUCGAUCUUCACCUCAACAUUCAUCAAUUUGCUUAAGAAGGAAAAGUAAUUUCAGCAAACAGUGUGGAGAAUCACUUAGUCAAAGGUCCUUCCUUGAUGGACAGGAUCACAUUCACACCAGAGGUAAAUCAUGUGAAUGUCCUCUAUGUGGGAAAGUCUUUAGUAAUUGCUUUAGCCUCAAACGACACAAGAUGAUUCACACUGGAGAGAAACCAUAUGGAUGUCAUCUCUGUGGGAAAGUCUUCAAUCAAAAUUCCUCCUUAAAACAACAUCAGAACACUCACACUGGAGAGAAACCAUUCAAAUGUCAUCUGUGUGGAAAAGUCUUCAGUCAGAGUUCUUCCUUGAAACAACAUGAGAAGACUCACACGGGGGAGAAGUGCUAUGAAUGUCAGCAGUGUGGGAAAGCAUUUCUUCAAAGCUCUGGCCUUAGUUCUCACAAGAAAAUCCACACUGGAGAGAAACCACACAUAUGUCUUGAGUGUGGGAAGACCUUCAGUCAUAGUUCUGGGCUUCGUAAGCACCAGAGAAUUCACACUAGAGAGAAACCACACAUAUGCUUUGUGUGUGGGAAGGCCUUCAAUGAACAUGCUAAACUGAAAGAACAUGAGAGAACCCACACUGGAGAGCUGCCCUAUGAAUGUCUGCUCUGUGGGAAAUACUUCAGUCAUGGCUCUUCCCUUAGACAACAUGAAGGAACCCAGCACUGGGGAGAAAGUCAGGAGGGCCCUCAGUAG